AUGGAGGUCCGCUGGACUGGGGUUGGACCCCCGAGGCUGGGCUCUCCGCAUCCAGCAGUCAGUGUCCUCCUGUCUGCUCUGUUUGGAGUAUGGUCUAUUCAGGCACUAGAGAUGUCCGUUGGUAAAAUCCCUUUCCUGGAGGCUGUCAACGGCAGCACCGUCACACUUCCUUGUACAUACUUCAGCUGCAUCGGAAUCAAAAACCUCUAUUUCAACUGGCAAUUCAACGAAAGUGGCAUCAUGCAGAAGGUGUGUGAUUCAGUCAUCGCUUCUGAGGGAGUGGAGCCUGAUGUGAAAAUCUACAGAGACAGAGUGACUUUUGUGGGGAUGAAUCGUGAAAACAACAUAUCCAUCAUGUUGUGGAACAUUACCUUUGAUGAUGCAGGUCAAUACACCUGUUUUGGAAUCAACCCAAAGGAGAAAGGAAAGAACCACAGUGCCAUCUUCAACCUCAUUGUGGUGGAAGAGUUGAGGGUUGUAGACAAAACCCUGACCAUCAUCAUCGCCUCAUGUGUUGGUGGAGCUAUCGCACUUCUAAUGGGAUUCAUGCUGAUCAAGAACUUCACACUCUUUGUUCUUGCCAAACUUGAAGAGAAAAAGUAA